AAUACAACACAGUUUAUUUGGAAAAACUUUGUUUGAGGAUUGUCAUGCCGAAAGCUGCUUUUAUAUCACUGUACGGCAAGAUGCUUAAAUUUACAAUGGUCAUAGGAUGUGUUAUAAUGAUUAAAGGACAGACUACAACAGAUUUCUCAACAACUGAAUCUCCAGAAGUAUCAACCAACACCAUUACAUUAUCAUAUAUGUCCCCAGAAUCAUUUACAUAUCUCUCAUUAAUAUCUGAAGCUCCAGAAACCUCAACACCAUCAGUUACAGCACCAUCUACUUCACCAGAAUCAUCAACAGUUCACUCAUUAACAUCUGAAGCUCCAGAAACCUCAUUGACACCAUCAGUUUCUGCAUCAUCUACUUCACUAGAAUCAUCUACAGAUCAGUCAUCCACAUCAGAAGCUCCAGAAACCACAUUGACACCAUCAGUUUCUGCAUCAUCUACUUCACUAGAAUCAUUUACAGAUCAGUCAUCCACAUCAGAAGCUCCAGAAACCUCAUCAACAUCUGAAUCUCCAGAAGCCUCAACCUCAUAUACUUCCCCAGAAUCAACAGUUCUCUCAUUAACAUCUGAAGCUUCAGAAAGCUCAUCAACACUAUCAGUUACAGCACCAUCUACUUCACCAACAGCAUCUACAGAUCAGUCAUCCACAUCAGAAGCUCCAGAGAUCUCAUUGACACCAUCAGUUACAGCACCAUCUACUUCACCAGAAUCAUCUACAGAUCAGUCAUCCACAUCAGAAGCUCCAGAAACUUCAUCAACAUCUGAAUCUCCAGAAGCAUCAACCAAAACUAUUAUAUUAUCAUAUACUUCACCAACAGCAUCUACAGAUCAGUCAUCCACAUCUGAUGCUCCAGAAAUCUUAUUGACACCAUCAGUUACUGCACCAUCUACUUCACCAGAAUCAUCUACAGAUCAGUCAUCCACAUCUGAAGCUCCAGAAACCUCAUUGACACCAUCAGUUACAGCACCAUCUACUUCACCAGAAUCAUCUACAGAUCAGUCAUCCACAUCUGAAGCUCCAGAAACCUCAUUGACACCAUCAGUUACAGCACCAUCUACUUCACCAGAAUCAUCUACAGAUCAGUCAUCCACAUCAGAAGCUCCAGAAACCUCAACAUCUGAAUCUCCAGAAGCAUCAACACCAUCAGUUACAGUACCAUCUACUUCACCAGAAUCAUCAACAGUUCUCUCAUUAACAUCUGAAGCUCCAGAAACCUCGACACUAUCAGUUACAGCACCAUCUACUUCACCAGCAUCAUCUACAGAUCAGUCAUCCACAUCUGAAGCUCCAGAAACCUCAUUUACACCAUCAGUUUCUGCAUCAUCUACUUCACUAGAAUCAUCUACAGAUCAGUCAUCCACAUCAGAAGCUCCAGAAACCUCAUUGAUACCAUCAGUUUCUGCAUCAUCUACUUCACUAGGAUCAUUUACAGAUCAGUCAUCCACAUCAGAAGCUCCAGAAACCUCAUCAACAUCUGAAUCUCCAGAAGCCUCAACCUCAUAUACUUCCCCAGAAUCAUCAACAGUUCUCUCAUUAACAUCUGAAGCUUCAGAAAGCUCAUCAACACUAUCAGUUACAGCACCAUCUACUUCACCAACAGCAUCUACAGAUCAGUCAUCCACAUCAGAAGCUCCAGAAAUCUCAUUGACACCAUCAGUUACAGCACCAUCUACUUCACCAACAGCAUCUACAGAUCAGUCAUCCACAUCAGAAGCUCCAGAAAUCUCAUUGACACCAUCAGUUACAGCACCAUCUACUUCACCAGAAUCAUCUACAGAUCAGUCAUCCACAUCAGAAGCUCCAGAAACCUCAUCAACAUCUGAAUCUCCAGAAGCAUCAACCAAAACUAUUAUAUUAUCAUAUACUUCACCAACAGCAUCUACAGAUCAGUCAUCCACAUCUGAUGCUCCAGAAAUCUUAUUGACACCAUCAGUUACUGCACCAUCUACUUCACCAGAAUCAUCUACAGAUCAGUCAUCCACAUCUGAAGCUCCAGAAACCUCAUUGACACCAUCAGUUACAGCACCAUCGACUUCACCAGAAUCAACUACAGAUCAGUCAUCCACAUCAGAAGCUCCAGAAACCUCAACAUCUGAAUCUCCAGAAGCAUCAACCAAAACUAUUACAUUAUCAUAUACUUCCCCAGAAUCAUCUACAUAUCUCUCAUUAACAUCUGACGCUCCAGAAACCUCAUCAACACCAUCAGUUACAGUACCAUCUACUUCACCAGCAUCAUCUACAGAUCAGUCAUCCACAUCUGAAGCUCCAGAAACCUCAUUGACACCAUCAGUUACUGCACCAUCUACUUCCAGAGAAUCAUCUACAGAUCAGUCAUUCACAUCUGAAGCUCCAGAAACCACAUUGACACCAUCAGUUACAGAGCCAUCUACUUCACCAGAAUCAUCUACAGAUCAGUCAUCCAUAUCUGAAGCUUCUGAAACCUCAUCAACAUCUGAAUCUCCAGAAGCAUCAACCAAAACUAUUACAUUAUCAUAUACUUCCCCAGAAUCAUCUACAUAUCUCUCAUUAACAUCUGACGCUCCAGAAACCUCAUUAACACCAUCAGUUACAGUACCAUCUACUUCACCAGAAUCAUCAACAGUUCUCUCAUUAACAUCUGAAGCUCCAGAAAGCUCAUCAACACUAUCAGUUACAGCACCAUCUACUUCACCAACAGCAUCUACAGAUCAGUCAUCCACAUCAGAAGCUCCAGAAAUCUCAUUGACACCAUCAGUUACAGCACCAUCUACUUCACCAGAAUCAUCUACAGAUCAGUCAUCCACAUCAGAAGCUCCAGAUACCUCAACAUCUGAAUCUCCAGAAGCAUCAACCAAAACUACUACAUUAUCAUAUACUUCCCCAGAAUCAUCUACAUAUCUCUCAUUAACAUCUGACGCUCCAGAAACCUCAUCAACACCAUCAGUUACAGUACAAUCUACUUCACCAGAAUCAUCAGCAGUUCUCUCAUUAACAUCUGAAGUUCCAGAAACCUCAUCAACACCAUCAAUUACAGCACAAUCUACUUCACCUGAAUCAUCAACAGAUCAGUCAUCCACAUCAGAAGCUCCAGAAAUCUCAUCAACAUCUGAAUCUCCAGAAGCCUCAACCUCAUAUACUUCCCCAGAAUCAUCAACAGUUCUCUCAUUAACAUCUGAAGCUUCAGAAAGCUCAUCAACACUAUCAGUUACAGCACCAUCUACUUCACCAACAGCAUCUACAGAUCAGUCAUCCACAUCAGAAGCUCCAGAAAUCUCAUUGACACCAUCAGUUACUGCACCAUCUACUUCCAGAGAAUCAUCUACAGAUCAGUCAUUCACAUCUGAAGCUCCAGAAACCACAUUGACACCAUCAGUUACAGAGCCAUCUACUUCACCAGAAUCAUCUACAGAUCAGUCAUCCAUAUCUGAAGCUUCUGAAACCUCAUCAACAUCUGAAUCUCCAGAAGCAUCAACCAAAACUAUUACAUUAUCAUAUACUUCCCCAGAAUCAUCUACAUAUCUCUCAUUAACAUCUGACGCUCCAGAAACCUCAUUAACACCAUCAGUUACAGUACCAUCUACUUCACCAGAAUCAUCAACAGUUCUCUCAUUAACAUCUGAAGCUCCAGAAAGCUCAUCAACACUAUCAGUUACAGCACCAUCUACUUCACCAACAGCAUCUACAGAUCAGUCAUCCACAUCAGAAGCUCCAGAAAUCUCAUUGACACCAUCAGUUACAGCACCAUCUACUUCACCAGAAUCAUCUACAGAUCAGUCAUCCACAUCAGAAGCUCCAGAUACCUCAACAUCUGAAUCUCCAGAAGCAUCAACCAAAACUACUACAUUAUCAUAUACUUCCCCAGAAUCAUCUACAUAUCUCUCAUUAACAUCUGACGCUCCAGAAACCUCAUCAACACCAUCAGUUACAGUACAAUCUACUUCACCAGAAUCAUCAGCAGUUCUCUCAUUAACAUCUGAAGUUCCAGAAACCUCAUCAACACCAUCAAUUACAGCACAAUCUACUUCACCUGAAUCAUCAACAGAUCAGUCAUCCACAUCAGAAGCUCCAGAAAUCUCAUCAACAUCUGAAUCUCCAGAAGCCUCAACCUCAUAUACUUCCCCAGAAUCAUCAACAGUUCUCUCAUUAACAUCUGAAGCUUCAGAAAGCUCAUCAACACUAUCAGUUACAGCACCAUCUACUUCACCAACAGCAUCUACAGAUCAGUCAUCCACAUCAGAAGCUCCAGAAACCUCAUCAACAUCUGAAUCUCCAGAAGCAUCAACCAAAACUAUUAUAUUAUCAUAUACUUCACCAACAGCAUCUACAGAUCAGUCAUCCACAUCUGAUGCUCCAGAAAUCUUAUUGACACCAUCAGUUACUGCACCAUCUACUUCACCAGAAUCAUCUACAGAUCAGUCAUCCACAUCUGAAGCUCCAGAAACCUCAUUGACACCAUCAGUUACAGCACCAUCGACUUCACCAGAAUCAUCUACAGAUCAGUCAUCCACAUCAGAAGCUCCAGAAACCUCAACAUCUGAAUCUCCAGAAGCAUCAACCAAAACUAUUACAUUAUCAUAUACUUCCCCAGAAUCAUCUACAUAUCUCUCAUUAACAUCUGACGCUCCAGAAACCUCAUCAACACCAUCAGUUACAGUACCAUCUACUUCACCAGCAUCAUCUACAGAUCAGUCAUCCACAUCUGAAGCUCCAGAAACCUCAUUGACACCAUCAGUUACUGCACCAUCUACUUCCAGAAAAUCAUCUACAGAUCAGUCAUCCACAUAUGAAGCUCCAGAAACCACAUUGACACCAUCAGUUACAGAGCCAUCUACUUCACCAGAAUCAUCUACAGAUCAGUCAUCCAUAUCUGAAGCUUCUGAAACCUCAUCAACAUCUGAAUCUCCAGAAGCAUCAACCAAAACUAUUACAUUAUCAUAUACUUCCCCAGAAUCAUCUACAUAUCUCUCAUUAACAUCUGACGCUCCAGAAACCUCAUCAGCACCAUCAGUUACAGUACCAUCUACUUCACCAGAAUCAUCAACAGUUCUCUCAUUAACAUCUGAAGCUCCAGAAAGCUCAUCAACACUAUCAGUUACAGCACCAUCUACUUCACCAACAGCAUCUACAGAUCAGUCAUCCACAUCAGAAGCUCCAGAAACCUCAUCAACAUCUGAAUCUCCAGAAGCAUCAAGCAAAACUAUUAUAUUAUCAUAUACUUCCCCAGAAUCAUCUACAUAUCUCUCAUUAACAUCUGAAGUUCCAGAAACCUCAUCAACACCAUCAAUUACAGUACAAUCUACUUCACCAGAAUCAUCAACAGUUCUCUCAUUAACAUCUGAAGCUACAGAAAGCUCAUCAACGCUAUCAGUUACAGCACCAUCUACUUCACAAGCAUCAUUUACAGAUCAGUCAUCCACAUCUGAAGCCCCAGAAACCUCACUGACACCAUCAGUUACAGCACCAUCUACUUCACCAGAAUCAUCUACAGAUCAGUCAUCCACAUCAGAAGCUCCAGAAACCUCAACACCAUCAGUUACAGUACCAUCUACUUCACCAGCAUCAUCUACAGAUCAGUCAUCCACAACUGAAGCUCCAGAAACUUCAUUGACACCAUCGGUUACAGCACCAUCUACUUCACCAGAAUCAUCUACAGAUCAGUCAUCCACAUCAGAAGCUCCAGAAACCUCAUCAACAUCUGAAUCUCCAGAAGCAUCAACCAAAACUUUUACAUUAUCAUAUACUUCCCCAGGAUCAUCUAUAUAUCACUCAUUAACAUCUGAAGUUCCAGAAACCUCAUCAACACCAUCAGUUACAGUACCAUCUACUUCACCAGCAUCAUCUACAGAUCAGUCAUCCAUAUCUGAAACUCCAGAAACCUCAUUGACACCAUCAGUUACUGCACCAUAUAAUUCACCAGAAUCAUUUACAGAUCAGUCAUCCACAUCUGAAGCUCCAGAAACCUCAUCAACAUCUUCAGUUACAGUACCAUCCACUUCACGAGAAUCAUCAACAGUUCUCUCAUUAAUAUCUGAAGCUCCAGAAACCUCAUCAACAACAGCCAUAACCCAAAAAAUCAGCAGUACAACAACUACAAUUACAGGAGCAACCAGCACAGAUACAUUUAUAUCAAAUGUCUCUUCCAAUACAUCCACCAUAGCAAAUACUCCAAAUACAAGCACAAUAAUUGCCACAAGUCCUUCAACAGCCACAUCUUCAACAAGCAACACAACUUCAUCUUUUCUCUCAAGUCCAGCAGCCCAAUUAAUGACAAGUACUUCUACAGCUCCUCCAACAAAUGUUCACACCACCCCUACCACCCUUCCAACAGCAUCUACAAUACCAACAACCAAUACAACUAACACACAAACCUCCACAUCUCCUGUAAAUACCACUUCACAAACCAACACAACCACAUUUUCCUCAAGUAUAACCACCCCACCAUCUCUAUUUGUAACAUCUACAGCUCAACCCUCAGUAACUGCAGCUCCAGGAACAACAGCCAUAAACCUAAAACCCAGCAGUUCAACAACAACAAUUACAGCUGCAACCAGCACAGAUAUAUUUACAUCAAAUGUCUCUUCCAAUACAUCCACCAUAGCAAAUACUCCAAAUACAAGCACAAUAAUUACCACAAGUCCUUCAACAGCCACAUCUUCAACAAGCAACACAACUUCAUCUUUUCUCUCAAAUCCAGCAGCCCAAUUAAUGACAAGUACUUCUACAGCUCCUCCAACAAAUGUUCACACCACCCCUACCACCCUUCCAACAGCAUCUACAAUACCAACAACCAAUACAACUAACACACAAACCUCCACAUCUCCUGUAAAUACCACUUCACAAACCAACACAACCACAUUUCCCUCAAGUAUAACCACCCCACCAUCUCUAUUUGUAACAUCUACAGCUCAGCCCUCAGUAACUGCAGCUCCAGGAACAACAGUCAUAAACCUAAAACCCAGCAGUUCAACAACAACAAUUACAGCUGCAACCAGCACAGAUAUAUUUACAUCAAAUGUCUCUUCCAAUACAUCCACCAUAGCAAAUAUUCCAAAUACAAGCACAAUAAUUACCACAAGUCCUUCAACAGCCAGAUCUUCAACAAGCAAUACAACUUCAUCAUUUCUCUCAAAUCCAGCAGCCCAAUUAAUGACAAGUACUUCUACAGCUCCUCCAACAAUUCUUCACACCACCCCUAUCACCCUUCCAACAACAUCCACAAUACCAACAACCAACACAACUACCACACUAACAUCCGCAUCUCCUGUAAAUACCACUUCACAAACCAACACAACCACAUUUCCCUCAAGUAUGACCACCCCACCAUCUCUAUUUGUAACAUCUACAGCCCAACCCUCAGUAUCUGCAGCUCCAGGAACAACAGCCAUAAACCUAAAACCCAGCAGUUCAACAACAACAAUUACAGCUGCAACCAGCACAGAUAUAUUUACAUCAAAUGUCUCUUCCAAUACAUCCACCAUAGCAAAUACUCCAAAUACAAGCACAAUAAUUACCACAAGUCCUUCAACAGCCACAUCUUCAACAAGCAACACAACUUCAUCUUUUCUCUCAAAUCCAGCAGCCCAAUUAAUGACAAGUACUUCUACAACUCCUCCAACAAAUGUUCACACUACCCCUACCACCCUUCCAACAGCAUCUACAAUACCAACAACCAAUACAACUAACACACAAACCUCCACAUCUCCUGUAAAUACCACUUCACAAACCAACACAACCACAUUUUCCUCAAGUAUAACCACCCCACCAUCUCUAUUUGUAACAUCUACAGCUCAACCCUCAGUAACUGCAGCUCCAGGAACAACAGCCAUAAACCUAAAACCCAGCAGUUCAACAACAACAAUUACAGCUGCAACCAGCACAGAUAUAUUUACAUCAAAUGUCUCUUCCAAUACAUCCACCAUAGCAAAUACUCCAAAUACAAGCACAAUAAUUACCACAAGUCCUUCAACAGCCACAUCUUCAACAAGCAACACAACUUCAUCUUUUCUCUCAAGUCCAGCAGCCCAAUUAAUGACAAGUACUUCUACAGCUCCUCCAACAAAUGUUCACACCACCCCUACCACCCUUCCAACAGCAUCUACAAUACCAACAACCAAUACAACUAACACACAAACCUCCACAUCUCCUGUAAAUACCACUUCACAAACCAACACAACCACAUUUCCCUCAAGUAUAACCACCCCACCAUCUCUAUUUGUAACAUCUACAGCUCAGCCCUCAGUAACUGCAGCUCCAGGAACAACAGUCAUAAACCUAAAACCCAGCAGUUCAACAACAACAAUUACAGCUGCAACCAGCACAGAUAUAUUUACAUCAAAUGUCUCUUCCAAUACAUCCACCAUAGCAAAUACUCCAAAUACAAGCACAAUAAUUACCACAAGUCCUUCAACAGCCACAUCUUCAACAAGCAAUACAACUUCAUCAUUUCUCUCAAAUCCAGCAGCCCAAUUAAUGACAAGUACUUCUACAGCUCCUCCAACAAUUCUUCACACCACCCCUAUCACCCUUCCAACAACAUCCACAAUACCAACAACCAACACAACUACCACACUAACAUCCGCAUCUCCUGUAAAUACCACUUCACAAACCAACACAACCACAUUUCCCUCAAGUAUGACCACCCCACCAUCUCUAUUUGUAACAUCUACAGCCCAACCCUCAGUAUCUGCAGCUCCAGGAACAACAGCCAUAAACCUAAAAACCAGCAGUCCAACAACAACAAUUACAGCAGCAACCAUUUUUCCAGCAGCUAUUUCUCCAACAACAACUCCUCCAAAUAUAUCUACCACCAUUGGUCCCAUGUUAAUAAAUAUAACCACCUUUACAAAAGGACUUUCAACUCCUCCAAAAACAAUCAACACAACCACAAACUCUGCAACAUCACUAGCAUCUUUUCCAAAUACAACAACCACUACCGCUGGACCAACAACAACCAACACCACAACCAUCUCUACAAAAACAUCUUCACAUCUUUCAAUAAACAUCACAAGCACCUUUGCAAAAACAGACACAGCUUCUUCUACAACAAUUAUAACAACCACCUCUACAAAAACAACUACAAUUCCUUCGAUAACAACCAGCAAAAGCACUAUAACUCUUCCUACAACCACCAAAAAAUCCACCUCUCCCCAAACAAUUCAACCACCAACAGCUUCACCUUCAAGCUCUACUGCAUUUGCUCAAGCAGUAGUUAGGAUGCUAUCUGUCACUGAACUAAGCAAUGAAAAAAUCAUAGCCUAUAUAGAUGAGUUUUCCAGAUUCAUCCAGGCUAACUUUAAUCAAAACAUUAAGAUUACAGUGAAGAAGAUUCAGCAAAUCACACCUUAAGGAUCACCUGUGGCAAAAAUCUCAAAAAUGCUGUUUUAGUGUGGAUAGAAAAGCAAAGAAGAUAAGAAAAAAUUUGCACUUUCAAAUUUAAAAUUUACUGUGUGGCAUUAUCAGUGAGGGAUGACUACUGUUUCAUUUCAUUUCUCUGACAUUACGUCCAAACAUGUAAGCAUUGUUGUGUUUUAUUUUGCUACCCUUCAUCAAUGCAGUUAUAUAGUUUGCAUUAAGAGAUGUGGUGACUAUUUUUAUAGAACCUUGUUAUUAAAACUGUCUUUUGGACAAGAAAAUACCUUCUAUAAUGUAUAAUGGUUAUUAAAAAGAUUAUCAAACAAGGGAAAUUAAUGAAGUAAAUAUGGUGAUAUCCUUUAUGCUACUAUAUAUGUACAUUUUAAGUAUAUUUUUUUAUUGUAAUUCUUUUUAUGUGGGGUAUUCUGGAUGUAUGUUUAGCAUAUUCUUAUUUUUGUAAUAUUUAAGUACAACAUUGUGUUUUGGUGUCUGUUAACAUUCUGCUUUAGCUAAUAAAUAUACUAACAAAUUAAUUAAGCAUAUUCUGCAGUGCAAUGAAAUCAAUAGAGAAAAGUGCAACACUCAUUCUUCCAUAUAGCUCACAUUGCAUAAACCAUGAUUUAUCUCUUAUACGUGGUAUGACCUCACACAUGGGGUAAAAAUAAACAUUCACUGAGGACAGCAGGGGCUGGCACAAAAUGCAGCAUCAGCAUCUCACAGUGGCAUGGAGGCAUCUCUAGCUGCCACAGUCGCUGCUACAGCACCAUCUCCAGCAUCCAGGGACUUUCUUCCCCGGUCAAUUAUAUAGUUCGAUGUAAUACUUUUUUAUUUUAAAAACUACAUUUCAACAAAAUAACACAGCACUGUCAUUUUUAAGCAUUUAUCAUAAAUUUUGUUAAUACUCUAGUGAGUUUCUCAUGCUGGACUACAUCAGGGAUACAAAAUCCAGAAAAUAAUUAAGUUGAUUAUAAUGAUAAAUUCUGCCAAAAAGAAUAGUAGGCUACUAAACUAUGUAUAUAAAAAAGAUGUCUUAUUUUAUUUAUUGUUUAAUAGGGGCUGAUCACCAAGACUCACCAAAAAGAGAAUCAUUUUAAAGUCAAACAUGUUCACCAUUAAUGUUUUGUGUGUGAAUAAAAUUUAAAUAAUGUUAGACUCAAUUUCCACUGUUAAACAAACUUUUAUUUCAAACUAACCGCUGUACCUGAAAAUGUUUGUCAGAGACACAUCCCACCAAACCGCAGGGGUUUAGAAUAGAAAAAAAAGCUUUUGUGACCUGUGUGCAUUGAAUCACUACUUUUAAUAUGUGAAAUUAAUAUGUAAUUAUAUGAAAAUGUUGAU